CAUUUUCGCGCCGAAUAUUCCAAGUGUUUAGUCACUCGCGGGAGUUGUUUCUGUGUGUAGACAUCAGACCUGUGCAUUAAACACACUAUUAACUCUUGAUUUAACGGCAGGUGAACAGUAACUUUGACAACAUGCAGCGUAGUAUCGCAUCCUUUUUUCAGCCCAAGAGCAAGGACAAAGAGGUUCAGAAGAAAACUGCAGAGGAGCCAGUGAAAAAGCCGGUCAAGAGCCCCCUUAAGGUGCAGAAUGGUGUCCAUGAAGCUGACUCGCCUGUCAAGAAAGUUGUGAAGCGUGCCCGUCAGAUCCUGGACAGUGAUGAUGACGAGGUACCAGUGGUCAAGGAGCAAGUCGCCACAAAGGGACGAGACAAAGAAAAGAAACAGGAUGACGUGUUCAAGGCGGUGCCCACCCCUCUGUCUCCACCGCCUGUACCCACUACCCCGGCCACCCCUUCCACCCCUUCCACCCCGGCCACCCCGGCUCCCUCAUCGUCACCGGGGACCCCUUCAACUCCAAGCUCCAUCUCCCCCUCCGGGAUCGUCAAACGCAAAACUGCAAGGAAGAUGUUCCCCAAGAGGAAACUGAAUGAGAGCAUAAGCAGCAGCGAGAGUCAGAAAGAUGAGGCCGAGGCCAAGGAGGAGCAGGGUCAGCAAAACAAACGACCCCGUGUGGAGAGCACCGCCGGCAGUGGAGGGAACGCCGAUGAACCCAUGGAAGUAGGAGCAAAGGAAGAAGGCGAGGAAAAGGCAGUGACCGGGGCCAAGCGGCCAGAUGAGGAGGUGGAGAGCGAGAAGAAAGACACAGUCAAGAAGGAGGUGGAGAGAAAGAGCUCUGAUGAGAGAGGAAAGAAAGCUGAGGGGGCGGAAAAGAAAAAUGAGGCGAAAGAGGAGGCAGAUGAUGAGAAAGGGCCUGCCGUCACCGAGGAGGAAGAGGUGGAUGAAAAGGACACACGGAAGGAAGAAGGGAGCCCUAAAAGUCAAACCGUGAAAAAGCAAAAAGAAGCAAAAGAGCAGAAAGAUAAGGAGCCGGCCAAAAAAGCUCCCAUCAGCAGUUUCUUUGCUCCCAGAAAAGCUGCGGUGAAGACGGAGAAAACGGAGAAAAUCGACGACGAGAAAAAACCGACGAGUGCAGAGAGGAAGAGUUCGGCCGAGGACAAGAAAGGUGAGUCAACUUCAGGACCUACGGACUACGAUCCUACCAGGCCCAACUACCACCCUGUGAACGACGCCUGCUGGAAACAGGGCCAGAAAGUGCCGUAUUUGGCGGUGGCUCGCACCUUUGAGAAGAUUGAAGAGGACUCUGGCAGGCUGAGAAACAUUGAGACGCUGUCGAACCUGCUUCGCUCUGUGCUGCUGCUCUCUCCAGACGACCUGCUGUGCUGUGUGUACCUGUGUUUGAACCAGCUGGGUCCGGCCUACCUGGGGAUGGAGCUGGGUGUUGGAGAGACGGUGCUGAUGAAAGCUGUUGCUCAAGCAACGGGACGACAAUUGGACAAAAUUAAGGCAGAGGCGCAAGAGAAAGGAGAUUUGGGCCUGGUGGCUGAGAGUUCCCGUAGCAACCAGCGCAUGAUGUUUCAGCCAGCCAGUCUGACAGCAGGGGGCGUGUUCAGGAAAUUGAAGGAAAUUGCCGGCAUGAGUGGGAACUCAGCCAUGAAUAAGAAAAUCGACAUCAUCAAAGGCCUCUUUGUGGCAUGCCGCUUUUCUGAGGCCCGCUACAUAGUCAGGUCCCUGGCUGGGAAGCUGAGAAUAGGCCUGGCUGAGCAGAGUGUCCUAUCAGCACUAAGUCAGGCAGUGUGUCUGACGCCUCCUGGCCAAGAUUUCCCUCCCGCUGUGAUCGACGCUGGAAAAGGGAUGAGCACUGAAAGCAGGAGGGCUUGGAUCGAAGAGAAGAGCCUCAUUCUCAAGCAGACCUACUGUGAGAUGCCCAAUUACGACGUCCUCAUUCCUGUUCUGCUAAAGGAGGGCAUAGACCAGCUGCCCAAACACUGCAAACUCACUCCAGGUGUACCCCUGAGACCCAUGUUGGCUCACCCUACCAAGGGGGUCGGCGAGGUUAUGAAGAAAUUCGACGAAGCAGCGUUCACCUGCGAGUACAAGUACGACGGAGAGCGCGCUCAGAUUCACAUUCUGGAGAGUGGUGAAGUACGAAUAUUCAGCCGCAACCAGGAAGACAACACCAGCAAAUACCCAGAUAUUAUCUCUCGCAUUCCCAAGGUGAAGAAGGACUCUGUAGUCUCCUGCGUCCUGGACUCCGAGGCAGUGGCCUGGGACCGAGAGAAGAAGCAGAUCCAGCCCUUCCAGGUCCUCACCACUCGAAAGAGGAAGGAUGUGGAUGCGUCUGAGAUCAAGGUCCAAGUGUGCGUCUACGCCUUCGACCUGCUCUUUCUCAACGGCGAGUCCCUGGUGCGACAGCCGUUGUGUCGGCGUCGGGCUCUGUUGAGAGAAAGCUUCUCUGAGGUGGAGGGAGAAUUUGUGUUCGCCCGAUCCAUCGACUCCGACAACACCGACACCAUCGCAGAGUUCCUGGAGCAGUCUGUCCGAGAUUCCUGUGAAGGCCUCAUGGUGAAGACUCUGGAGAAGGACGCCACCUAUGAAAUUGCCAAGCGCUCUCAUAACUGGCUAAAGCUGAAGAAGGACUACCUGGAGGGUGUUGGAGACACCGUGGACCUGUGUGUGAUCGGGGCCUACCUGGGCAAAGGCAAGAGGACGGGCACCUACGGGGGCUUCCUGCUGGCCUGCUAUGAUGAGGAAAAUGAGGAGUUCCAGUCUGUCUGCAAGAUCGGGACAGGCUUCAAGGAUGAAGAUCUGGAGCAGCAUUACAAGUUCUUAAAGGAGCAUAUUCUGCCCAAACCUCGUGCCUACUACAGGGUCGACCAAUCAGCAGAGCCCGACGUGUGGCUGGAUGCCGUGCAGGUCUGGGAAGUGAAGUGCGCCGACCUGUCGCUGUCCCCGGUCUACAAGGCUGCAAUGGGAUUGGUGGAUCCAGAGAAGGGUAUCUCUCUGAGGUUCCCACGCUUCCUUCGGGUCAGAGACGACAAGAAGCCUGAGGAUGCCACAACUGGAUCACAGAUUGCUGAUUUGUACAAGAAGCAGCAGCAGAUUCAGAAUCAGGGGGAGAAAGCUGACCCGGAGGACUACUACUGAUCCGCAGGAGCCAUCAGCCAAGAAUAAUAAAUAAUCACAAUUUCAAUGUAAUUGUAAAUAGCUUGUUUCUGAUUGUAAUUUUGAAUGAAAAUAAAGGCGCCUACCAGUUUUAAGCA